GACAACGGCCUUCACAACAAGACGCUGAGCUGGUCAUAAUUGAAACCUCUGUAAAAUAAGUAUAAAUUUAAGAUGACUAGCCUCACUGUAAAGAAGAAUCAAGCAAAAAUAGCAGAGGGUAUUUACAAGCAAACACACUUCACAAAAACAGAGGUAGAGAAUUUGCUGAUGAUAUUUCGUGAAAGAGCGAACCAGAAAGAGAAGCUUGACCGAACAAAAUUUCGGGAUAUUCUUCAUAACACAUUUGGAAUGACAGAUGACUUUCUUAUGGAUGGCGUGUUUAGAGCUUUUGAUAAAGAUAAUGAUAGUAAUAUCAACAUGGAAGAAUGGAUCCUUGGUUUGUCAGUUUUUCUACGAGGUACCAUGGAGGAAAAAAUGCACUACUGCUUCGAGGUGUAUGACUUAAACAGCGAUGGUUACAUAUCACGCGAAGAGAUAUUUCAAAUGCUGAAGUCAAGUUUGAUUAAGCAACCAACGGAAGAAGAUCCCGAUGAAGGUGUGAAAGAAUUAGUUGAAAUCGUGCUGAAGCUGGUGGAUCAUGGCAAUGUUGGAAAAUUAUCUUUCAAGGACUUUGAAAUGGUUGUAAACAAAGAGCCUCUCCUUUUAGAAGCUUUUGGUCCUUGCUUACCUGAUGCUAAGGCUAUCGAUGAUUUCAACACACAAUUCACAGAUACAACGUGAUUAUACCAAUUUUUUGAGAUCUGGCUACCGUCAAGCUUAGUUUCAUGGAUAGAAAUCGUCGUACUAUAUCAUAUUUUCAUUAAGACUUUUUAUGAUAAUGUUACGAAAAUGUACGGAUUUCAUUGAAUGGAAAGAAACUGACUAUGCAUAAAA